AUGUCACAAAACGGUGGGACUGUUGGUACCGAGUACCCUGACUACACUGAGCAUGGCCGCCAGUAUGGCUCAUUCGGACGCGGGCGGUAUCUUUUCCCUGUCGAUGAGCUCGAGAAAGACAGGCUAGACAUCUUCCAUCAUCUGAUCACCAAGGCAAGAGGAGGCCUUUGGGAAGUACCUCUGCCCGCCAAACCCCAUGUCCUUGACCUCGGGACGGGCACUGGCAUUUGGGCGAUCGACGUGGGCGAUAAGCUAUACGUAAACGAAGAUCAAAGGGCUCAGGUCUUGGGGCUCGAUCUUUCCCUCAUCCAGCCCAAGCUGAUCCCUACGUGUGUAAGGUUUGAGCGAGCCGACGUGGAGGCGCCACUGCCAGCUCCGGAACAAACCUUCGAUCUGGUUCAUAUUCAGAUGCUGCUCGGUUCCAUAAGAGAUUGGCCAGACCUAUACAGGAAGUCAUUCCGGCACAUCAAGCCCGGAGGUUAUAUCGAACAGGUGGAAAUCGAAUGGAUUCCUCGCAGCGACGACAACACUCUAACGCCUGAUUCGCCUCUCGUCUUUUGGGGUGAGAACUUGCGGCAUGCGAUGCACAGGUACGGGCAAUCUAUCGAUAUAAUCGACACGAAAAAGGAGCUCCAUGCUGCAGGCUUCACAGACAUCACCGAGAAGAUGAUUAGACUACCAACGAACCCGUGGAGCCAGAACCCGAUGGAGGAAGAGCUGGGUAGAUGGUUCAACCUCGGCCUCACGCAUUGCUUGGAAGGCCUCACACUUGCGCCCUUUAUUCAGGUGGAACGCUGGCCAAAACAUGAUGUGGACAGACUGGUGGACGAUCUCAAGAAGGAAAUCUGUCGACUCAAUGUCCAUGCCUACUGCAGAAUGUAA